AUGGCAACUAUAAAUAAUAAUAGUACAUCAUUAGAACCAAUAGCUGUUAUAGGUAUAGCAUGUGAAUUCGCAGGUGAUAUUCAUUAUGCAAAUGAUUUAUGGCAUGUAUUAAAAGAAAGUCAUGAUGUUGGUAGUACAAAACCAAUUGAUAGAUUUGAUCUUGAAUCAUUUACUGCUCAUAUGCUUAAUACGGAUAAUAAUGGACAAUUUCGUCAAAAACUUCAUCGUGCUGGUUAUUUUUAUGUCAAAUCAACAAUGGAAUAUGUUUGA